CAUAACGGACUCGAAGAUAACUGAUGAGUGGCGGUUACAGGCAGCCAUUUCCGAAUCCUUCUAGCUUAUCCAACUCUGGUUGCAAUGGGGUGUGUAUGGUGAGUAACACUUGGAGGGAUGAGCAACACCCAUCUUUUAUUAAUUUCAUCUCCAGCUUCUUACAGGAAAACUCUUUUCGUCUGAAUUUUGUGCCAAUAGCACCGGAUUUUAUCAUUAACUGUGGGGGUUUGUCUGUGGCUUUCAUUUUUGUAACUAAUUGGGAUGGUGUGGAAACAAAAUCAAUAUUUUGCAGUAGAGUCCAGAAACUAAAGGAACAAUUUGCAAACCUGUAUGUGGUUGUCACCCUCCCAACCCAGGAACAAAAUGAUUGUUUCAUUUGCUCUUACUUCAAGUAUGGUAUGGAACUUGGAAAGCCAACUUUUAUUCCAGUGAAAUAUUUAGAGAUGGGUAUGGAAAAGAUCGUGAAGAUUGCACAUGCUCGUGGGGUCUGUAAGCGGCAAGAUGCAGUUGCAAAACUGAAAUCUGAGAAGGAAAAAUCAGUUCAAGCAAUGGAUGCCUAUCUCAAAGUUGUCUCGGCAAUUCCUGGCAUUGAUAAGCAUGAUGCAAAUUCACUCAACCAAGCCAUUGGUUCAAUUGAAGCAAUAGCCAAAGCAUCAAAGGAGUGUAUUUUGAAGAACACUGACCUUUCAGCCGAUAAAGCUGAGAAAAUAUCAAUGUUUUUCAAAGACUUGAAGUAUUCCCUUGGUCCCAAAAUCAGUUAACUAAUGAUACCAAGUAAUGUCAAUGGACCCAGGACUCCAUGCUUAUCAGUCAAUUUGGGACAAACAUUUGAAUGACUGGCUGGCUGACUGACUGAAGAUGUAUUGGAAAAUAGAUGAGCAAACUGCAACUAUUGAAUUGUAAGUAGACAAGGCACCUAACUAAAUCCUUAGCUCUCUGAAUUGUCAUACUGCAGGAUUCAAAAAAAAAAAAAAAAAAAAAACCUGUCUUUGAUCAUAAGGCAUCAAUAUUGACCUUGUUUCUUCAAAAGGAAUUAGUAAACUGAAGAUAAUUCAUAGCACUAG